AUGAAAUUUUACACAAAAUUCUUUAUAUAUUACGGGCUUCUUGUCGUAACAACCACUCUACUUAUCCCAAUAUUUAUCUUCCGCCCACGCGAUGUAAGAAAUUGCGUAAUAGUAGCCAAAGCUUGCAGUUACAUCAAUAAAUUAUUAGGAGUCACGUGGGAAAUUAGGAACAGAGAGAAUUUGAGGAAGAAAGCUUGUAUUAUUGUUGUGAAUCAUCAAAGCGCCGUCGACGUCUUAGGGCUGCACCAAUUCUGGCCUUUGAUAAGCAAAGCCAAUGUUGUUGCGAAGAAAGAGCUUUUUUAUCUAACCGGGCCAAUUGGAAUUGUCUUUUGGCUCUGUGGAGUUAUUUGUAUCGACAGAAGAAAUCCCGACAAAGCAAGAUCUGAUCUUAAUGCCGUCGCUUGUAAGCUCAAAGAAGAAGACACUAAGCUUGUUAUCUUCCCAGAAGGCACCAGAAGAAAUAACGGGAAGAUUAAUCCUUUUAGAAAAGGCGCUUUUCACAUGGCUGUAAAUGCGAAACUUGAUAUUGUGCCGGUUGUGUUUUCUUCGCAGUAUUUUUUGGAGACUAAAAAAAGAUUUGACUCGGGAAAGGUUAUUAUUACUGCUUUGCCCGCGAUUUCUACUGAUGGAGCUUCCGUUGAUGAAGUUAUGGAGAAAACUUAUAAAGUUAUGGACGAAGCUUUUCAAGCUUCUUCUGCUGAAGUAGAGGAGUGGGGGUAA